GUUUCAUAGCGGAGGACCUUUUUGUCCUUGAAUGGCUCGGUGUAUAAUUAUUCAAAAGUAUGAAGAUACUUUCACCAUUUGAGCAAACUACGAGGAAAGCCGACGUAAAAUUUGCCUGCUUCUUCACUUCGUCACUUAAUACUACAGUGUACAGUUUGGUGUCAAUUGAGAAUUCGGCUGUUCCGUAUUUCCCUCCAAAGUUGAGCAUUGCCAUUGGAAUCCUCUAUCCCAAACCCUAGUAAAACUAUCCCAAUUCCCAUUCCAUCGAAGGAGGGAGGGGAAAAAAUGGGGAGUAAUACACUUGUUCCGAUUCCGGCAGAUUCUUACACUCUGGGCUUCAUCGGAGCCGGAAAAAUGGCCGAGAGCAUAGCCCGUGGUGUUGUCAAAUCCGGCGUCUUACCUGCUUCCAGGAUAAGGACAGCUCAUCACCGCCCCGAACGCCGCUCUGCUUUCGAAUCAUUCGGCGUCACUGUUCUCGACCACAAUCAUCAGGUUGUUGAAGCUAGUGACGUGGUUAUACUUUCUGUCAAACCUCAAGUAGUUAAGGAUGUGGCUCUGGAGAUAAAACCACUUCUCUCUGAGAAGAAGCUUUUGGUUUCAGUUGUUGCUGGUGUCAAAUUGAAAGAUCUUCAGGAAUGGUCUGGUCAUACUCGAUUUAUCAGAGUAAUGCCUAACACCCCAGCAGCUGUUGGGGAGGCUGCAUCUGUUAUGAGUUUGGUUGCUGCUGCCGCAAAGGAUGAUGGAGAAUUAGUAUCCAAGUUGUUUGGAGCGAUUGGUAAGGUGUGGCAAUGUGACGAAAAACAUUUUGAUGCUGUAACUGGUGUCAGUGGUAGUGGACCAGCAUAUAUCUACUUAGCAAUAGAAGCAUUAGCUGAUGGAGGAGUUGCAGCAGGUUUACCCCGAGAACUUGCAUUGGGUCUAGCUUCUCAAACUGUAUUGGGUGCGGCAUCAAUGGUGAUCAAUUCAGGCAAGCACCCUGGUCAGCUCAAAGACGAUGUUGCGUCACCCGGUGGGACAACCAUUGCUGGAAUUCAUGAGCUGGAAAAGGCUGGAUUCCGGGGGAUAUUGAUGAAUGCUGUUGUUGCUGCUGCAAAACGUGGUCGAGAAUUAUCACCAAGCUAAUUGGUAUCACCCACAACUAUCAAUUUGCCAAAGCCAGGCUGCAGACGGUUCAAUUGUAGUUUAUAGGGUGAAGUUUUUGGAUUUUAGCAUUGCAUUUGAUAGUUACACUUCUAUUUCGAUUGUGAGAUACGAAUCAGUACAUUUCCAGUUUACCCUAUUGCCUUUGGAAUAUUACUAAUAUUUCCUCCUACAAACUAGCAUUUACCAGUAAUCUUUACAAGAACACUCGCCUCCUUUAAAAUGAUGGAAUCGAGUUCUAUCUCUAACCACUAUUUCUCGAUCGUAAACCUUCGAGAUCAGCUUACUAACAUGGUGACAGUCUUUACAGACGCGUAAGUUCUUGGUGAUACGAAGAGUUUCUCCUGGUUUAGUUUUCAACAAACCAUACGCAAUUGCCAGUUUUUCACUGUGGUAGAAAACUGGAUUCUCUGUUUCUUCCUCACUGAUAUCUUGCGCUACUCGUCCAUCGACGACUGGGACAUAUCCUGCAGAUUUUCUUAUACAAUCCAACAUUUCAUUGACCUUGUUGUAUAUCUCUUUGGCUUCAUGAUGAGUUCUUCCACCUGCAAUAAACUCAUUCACAGCACCUCCCAAUUCGAUGACCGAGAGGCCUGGAGCCUUUUUCACUCCCCUGUCAUUCAUCAGCUUUCUUACAUAAGCAACAUCUUCCCAUUUCCCGGCAUUGGCAUAUAGGUUUGCCAGCAAGACAUAACGCCCGCUGUUGUAAGGCUCUAAUUCGAUUAAUUCCUUCCCAAUCUCCUCUCCUAGCUCAACAUUCCCGUGGACUUUACAGGCACCGAGAAGAGCUCCCAACACACCGACAUCAGCCCUCAUUGGCAUCUCAUUAAUAAUUUUUCUAGCUUCCUCCAGCAAUCCAGCUCUUCCAAGCAGAUCAACCAUGCAUCCAUAAUGUUCCAUUCCUGGUUCAAGACCAUAAACUUCUCUCAUGUAUUGGAAAUAAUGCCUGCCUUCAUCAAUUAACCCCGAAUGCGCACAAGCGCUUAAUAAGUUGACGAACGUUAUGUAGUCAGGAGUUACAUCUUCCUCCUCCAUCUUCUUCAAAAGCUCAAUGGCAGCCUCCCCUUUACCAUUAACAGCAAGUCCUCCAAUCAUGCAAUUCCAAGACGAAAUCCCUCUACGUUCCAGUCCCUGAAACACUGCAAAAGCCUCAUCCAGACGUCCACAUUUGCAGUACAUAUCCAUAACUGUAGUCCCUAAUUUGGAGUCCACUUCCAUCCCACUUUCCUUAAUGUAAUUAUGAAUCCAUUUCCCUUGCUGUAAAGCUCCCAGUCCAGCACAAGCAGAUAACAUACUAGCAGCCACAAACUUGUCCAUCUUCACAUUUUCCAUUCUCAAUCUCUCAAACAAAGCAAAUGCCUCGCAAAAUCGAUUGCUAUGAACAUAAGCCGUGAUCAUCGCGUUCCAAGAAACGGACGAGUCUUUCCUUCUAUCAGUUGGCAUUGACUCGAAAACUUCAUAAGCCUGAUCCACAUAGCCACAUUGUGCAUAUCCACUGAUCAACGAGGUCCACGAAACAUCGUCUUUAUGAUCCAAAUAGUCGAACACCUUCCGAGCAUCCUCCAAACAAUCAAGAUUCACAUACAUGUGAAUCAAAUUAUUCUGCGAAUAACUGUGUGAGGAAAACCCGUGUUUAAUAACAUGGGCAUGGACUUGGUUGCCUUCAGAAACAGCAUUGCACAAACAGCAAGCUCUAAUUACAAGAGGGAAAGUGAAGUUAUUGGGUGUUACUGAAUUCUCCAACAUUUGGGUGUACAAAAGAAAUGCCUUUUCAGGUAAGUUUGAUUGCAAAAAGCCUCUAAUAAUGGUGUUGUAGAUAAAUGCAUCUGGGCUAGGCAAAGUAUGAAGAACUUUGAGGGAAUAGUUUAAGUCCUUAAUUGUUUCGGAAAUGGCACAAAAUUUGAUGACACGGCCCAUGGCGUCAUUGUUUGAGGAGAGGCCGAGCUUGAUUGAUUGAGCAUGGUGUUGCUUGAGUUGAGCCAUGCUUGAACAUGAAUCAAGUUGGAAUUGGGUGGUUUUGUUGCAGAGAGGUGGGGAGGAAAUGGAAUGCAGCUGUAAUGUGGCCAUGAACAAAACACAGUUCUGGGCUCAAGAGAUUAUCUCUUUGUAUGAUUCUGUCUAUGCUGAAUUCAUAGAUGAGAUAAGGAAAGGACUAAGCAUCAUGGAGAACAGAUAUUUUUUCUGAU